AGAGCAGUUUAGUUCUGCGAGCACUGAGCACAGAGUCUCACACUUCUUUUCACCUCGCUCGUCAUCAUCUACCCGUUUGUGACUAAUUAAAGUAAAAGAACGAUUGUCUAAAGUAAUUUGUAAUCUUUAUUAGUAUUUUAACAAUUUGUGUUAAAUAUAAAGUAGAACAAGUAGGUAAAAUGUGUGUUUUUGCUGCCACCUUUGAUAGCAAUUUGCUGUCAUUGUUAUUAUUAUUAUUAUUAUUAUUAUUAUGUGAAAAUAUAUAUAUAUAUAUAUAUCAUGGUCUUCAACUGGGAUGUUGAAGUCAGCCCUCGCACCCCCUACAGGGCAGUGUAACACACUUGGAAGAAAGUGCUAUCUGCCCUCUUAUGCGUACUUGAGCUCACAUAUGCCUACGAUUGGCUAGUGUCGCUGUGAUUGACAGGAGAGAGAGAAAAUGUCCCGCCCACCUAGAGAGCACAGCCAAUUUAGCUCUCUUGGACUGAAGCAUGAUGAAUUCAGCUUUGGCUUCUGGUGGAUCUGACAUCAAAAACAGCACUGAUAAAGUACUAAAGAAUACGAGUGACUGCGUUAAACAAGUCCAUCAUGAUGACAGAGCAACAUUCUCUUAAUAAAUAAUUUAGAUGCCAUGUAAUGUCACUCGUUUUUAAAAUGAGCACUGAGCGUACAGUUAUAGGACAGAUCCUACUGUAGCUGAUCAGUGAGGCCUGCUUGUCUGCCUCGGGGGUGUGUGUGUGUGUGUGUGUGUGUGUGUGUGUGUGUGUGUGUGUGUGUGUGGAACGGAAUGUGGGUGUAACACACAACCACACAAUUCUAUCAGCUCACAUUCCAGCAGAAAGGGGCGUUUCGUCGUCAUCCGUCAGUGUGUGUUAGUCACCGUGAGCUCCAGUCAUGAUUAAUACUACACUAACACUUUCAUUACACAAUAAUACAGCCAGAUUUAUUUUACUUUAUCAUUUUUUCUAAUUAGAUGAACAUUUGUGGGCUCCUUUGUGUUUUGAUGCUCUGUGUAUUUACAGUGUGUUGUGUGUGUGUGUGUGUGUAUUUUUGUGUUACUCUAAUAACCAGUCAUUGUUUUAUUAAAAAAAAAAAAGUGUUGUAUUUUUCAGAUGCUGCUCUUGUAGUUUAUCUCUCUUCUCUCGUUUAACGUCCAAGAUGUUUAACUGCUUCUUAAACCAAUGUCGAGCCGUGUCAUGUUUACCUGUGUGUUUUUUUUGAGUUUGCCUUUGUGUUGGUUCAUAUAUGUCUCUUUCUUUUUGUGUGUCUUUUUUGUGCAUUUGUUUGCAUGCUUAACACGGCUAUUUUCUGGAUUGUUCUUUUGCAACAGCUUGCACAGCUUCAAAAAGAAAAGUCAGAAAUACUAAAGAAUCUCGCUUUAUAUUACUUCACAUUUGUGGAUGUUAUGGAAUUUAAGGACCAUGUGUGUGAACUGCUGAACACUAUCGAUGCUUGCCAAGUUUUCUUUGAUAUUACUGUAAAUUUUGACCUCACGAGGAACUACCUCGACCUUGUUGUGACAUACACUACACUGAUGAUGCUUCUGUCUCGGAUUGAAGAGCGCAAAGCAAUCAUCGGCCUCUACAACUACGCGCAUGAGAUGACACAUGGGGCGAGCGAUCGAGAAUAUCCUCGGCUCGGACAGAUGAUCGUGGACUAUGAGAAUCCUCUGAAGAAGAUGAUGGAGGAGUUUGUUCCUCAUGGAAAGUCCCUUUCGGAUGCGCUCAUCUCCCUGCAGAUGGUUUACCCACGCCGUAAUCUCUCGGCCGACCAGUGGAGAAACGCUCAGCUCCUGAGUCUCAUCAGCGCCCCCAGCACCAUGCUGAACCCAGCCCAGUCUGAUACGAUGCCAUGUGAAUACCUGUCGUUGGACACUAUGGAGAAGUGGAUAGUGUUUGGGUUUAUCCUGUGCCAUGCGGCUCUAAACAGCGAUCCCACUGCCCUCAGUUUGUGGAAACUGGCCCUACAGAGCAACUCCUGCCUCUGCCUCUUCAGAGACGAGGUCUUCCACAUCCACAAAGCUGCUGAGGAUCUGUUUGUCAACCUCCGCGGCUACAACAAGCGCGUAAAUGACAUCCGUGAAUGCAAAGAAUCAGCGCUGUCACACGCAGGCUCGAUGCACAGGGAGAGGCGUAAAUUCCUGCGUUCUGCGCUGAAGGAGCUAGCCACUGUGCUGGCAGACCAGCCAGGCUUACUCGGCCCGAAGGCUCUUUUUGUCUUCAUGGCUCUCUCGUUUGCUCGUGAUGAGAUCAUCUGGCUGCUCAGACACGCCGACAACAUCCAAAAGAAAAGCACAGAUGACUUUAUUGACAAGCACAUUGCUGAGCUGAUCUUCUACAUGGAGGAGCUGAGAGCCCAUGUGAGGAAGUACGGCCCCGUCAUGCAGAGGUACUACGUGCAGUAUCUGUCCGGCUUCGAUGCAGUCGUCCUCAAUGAGCUGGUCCAGAACCUCUCUGUGUGUCCAGAGGACGAGUCCAUCAUCAUGUCUUCCUUCGUGAACACGAUGACUUCGCUCAGUGUUAAACAAGUGGAGGAUGGAGAGGUGUUUGAUUUCCGAGGCAUGAGGCUGGACUGGUUCCGACUUCAGGCCUACACCAGCGUAUCCAAGGCGUCUCUGGGUAUCGCGGACCACCGGGAGCUGGGUAAAAUGAUGAACACCAUCAUCUUCCACACCAAGAUGGUGGACUCUCUAGUGGAGAUGCUGGUGGAGACGUCAGACCUGUCCAUUUUCUGUUUCUACAGCCGGGCAUUUGAGAAGAUGUUCCAGCAGUGUUUGGAGUUGCCAUCUCAGUCACGUUACUCCAUCUGCUUCCCUCUGCUCUGCACUCACUUCAUGAGCUGCACCCAUGAGCUCUGUCCUGAAGAGAGACACCAUAUUGGCGACCGCAGUCUGUCUCUGUGUAACAUGUUUCUGGAUGAGAUGGCCAAACAGGCUCGCAACCUCAUCACCGACAUCUGCACAGAGCAGUGCACCCUGAGUGACCAGCUACUGCCAAAACACUGCGCCAAAACCAUCAGUCAGGCCGUGAACAAGAAGUCCAAGAAGCAGACGGGGAAGAAAGGAGAGCCAGAGCGAGAGAAGCCUGGAGUGGAGAGCAUGAGGAAGAACAGAUUGCUCGUUACCAACUUGGAUAAGCUGCACACAGCACUGUCAGAGCUUUGCUUCUCCAUCAACUACGUACCCAACAUGGUGGUCUGGGAGCACACCUUCACCCCACGCGAGUAUCUGACCUCCCACCUGGAGAUCCGCUUCACCAAGUCCAUAGUUGGAAUGACCAUGUAUAACCAGGCCACGCAGGAGAUUGCGAAGCCGUCUGAGCUUCUGACCAGUGUGAGAGCCUACAUGACAGUGCUGCAGUCCAUCGAGAACUAUGUCCAGAUUGACAUAACCAGAGUGUUUAACAACGUGCUGUUGCAGCAGACACAACACCUUGACAGCCAUGGAGAGCCAACCAUCACCAGCCUCUACACUAACUGGUAUCUGGAGACUUUGCUUCGGCAGGUGAGCAACGGCCACAUAGCUUACUUCCCUGCCAUGAAAGCAUUCGUCAAUCUCCCGACUGAGAACGAGCUCACCUUCAAUGCCGAGGAGUAUUCCGACAUUUCUGAAAUGCGGUCACUUUCGGAGCUUCUGGGUCCAUAUGGAAUGAAGUUCCUCAGUGAGAGCCUGAUGUGGCACAUCUCCUCCCAGGUGGCUGAGCUCAAGAAACUGGUGGUGGAGAACGUGGAGGUUCUGACCCAGAUGAGGACCAGCUUUGACAAACCUGAUCACAUGGCAGCACUCUUCAAGAGACUCACAUCUGUGGACAGUGUGCUCAAGAGGAUGACCAUCAUUGGAGUCAUUCUGUCCUUCCGCUCGCUGGCACAGGAGGCUCUCCGAGAUGUUCUCUCCUGCCACAUUCCUUUCUUGGUCAGCUCUGUGGAGGAUUUUAAGGAUCACAUUCCCCGUGAAACAGACAUGAAGGUGGCCAUGAAUGUGUAUGAGCUGUCCUCAGCAGCAGGUUUGCCCUGUGAGAUUGAUCCUGCUCUUGUUGUGGCUCUGUCCUCCCAGAAGUCUGAAAACAUCAGCCCCGAGGAGGAGUACAAGAUCGCCUGCCUGUUGAUGGUGUUUGUAGCCGUCUCCCUGCCGACCUUGGCGAGCAACGUCAUGUCUCAGUACAGCCCUGCAAUCGAAGGGCACUGCAACAACAUCCACUGCCUGGCGAAGGCGAUUAACCAGAUUGCUGCUGCUCUCUUCACCAUCCAUAAGGGCAGCAUUGAGGACCGCCUGAAGGAGUUCCUGGCUCUCGCCUCCUCCAGUUUGCUGAAGAUUGGUCAGGAGACGGACAAGACGACCACCAGGAAUCGCGAGUCUGUUUAUCUUCUCCUCGACAUGAUUGUUCAGGAGUCUCCGUUCCUCACCAUGGACCUGUUAGAGUCAUGUUUUCCUUAUGUGCUGCUCCGGAACGCCUACCACGCCGUCUACAAGCAGUCGGUGUCCGCUUCUGCGUGAGAGCUGACCAGUCACAUUCCACACACACAUAUACAUACACACACACACACACACACACACACAUACACACACACACACACACACACACACAACUGCUCUCUAUCCAUUCUCAGUCUUACUGGCGCAACACUUCGUAUGGGAUCAAAUAUUCUUUAAAACUUAAAACUUAAAAAAAAAAAAAAAAAAAAAAAAAAGCCGUUAUUGACCAGGUAGAAGAAACUACAAGUUUUGUUUGUCAAAGACUAGUAACACUAAAUAUAAUUUUUGAUGUUUUUCUUGUUUUAAUUUGUUUUUUUUGUUUUUUUUUUUUUUAGAGUGGGAUGUGGAAAGGGAAUUUGCAAUGAUUUAAAAAAGAAAAAAAAAAAAAAAAGAAACACAAGUAUUUGGUUGUGUGUGUUGUGUGGGUGGGCUGGGGUGAACUAAUAAAACACCACGUUAUGCUAAAACGCUCUAAAACACUAUGAAAAGAAACACGGUGAUUCUUAUUUCGGUGUCGUCCUAGCUCUAAUCUGUGUGGGUUAAUGCGCGCAUUCCUUCUCUAAAAUCUUUUUAUUAUCACACAGUUUCAUGUUCUUUUGACACAUUUGCCAAAAUAAUGAUAUGACACAUAGCAUCUCAUUUGAUUAAGCAGAAAUGUGGGUAACUACGUGUUCUAAAAGAAGCCUAUGGUGGUGUUUGUAUAAAGCAUAUUAUAAUUUUUUAACUAACUUUCGUGAUGCCUUGCAGCAUUCCGAGACUCCAUUGUAACUUUCUGUGUGGUUAUGAUAAACAUUCGUACAUAUUUAUUGAAUGUUUAUAAGUUGCCCUCCCCUCCCUUCCCCAUUUCCCUUUUACCAAUUUUAUAUGUUUUGAUUUUUUUGGAAAUGACCAUGUAUCUUCCAUAACAUUAAAUAAACAUUGGGUCAUAUGCACUCGA